AUGGGCACGCAGUUGCCGGUUGGAAGCGCUCGGGGCACUGCGGCGAAUAUUAUGGGUCGUCGCUGUUGUUGAGCUAAAAAUAUUCCUUCUCAAUUGAAAUGACAAAAACACCAUAAAGUUCAACAAAGUUUUACAUUAAUUAAUUCCCCCUCACCCUCUGGCCUCCGCCUCCUUUCAUCACCCGCGGUUUCCUGAAGCUACCUCCUGCUUUUUCGAUGAUGCAUGACCAGGGACUAGUGAAGCACACCAGUGUCAACUCUGAUUCUCUCCUUGUCGAAUUUGACUUCAACGGCGAUUUCCGUAUCGAAGAUAAACCGGUUUUCAUCGACCGCUACGAGUCCAUUGAUGACGGAACUUCACUCUGGGAUGCAGGAGUGGUGUUGGGACAGUACUAUAUGCGACUUGAACUUGAUGUUUUGAGUAGUUCCUUUGUUCUUGAUUGCCGACCUAUUUGGGAAUGAGUUUCUCCCUAUUUUUGAUAUUCGCGACCACUUCUAGAAGGAACAAGAGACAUCACAUCUUCCAUUUUUGCUUCUCGAUGCAGCUAGCUACGUAUAAAUUUAAAUAUUAUACCUGCUAUUAUAACUCAACAACCUCAGCGUCAGCCGCGACCUGCGACCACCACUUUGAACAACUUCCACCUCCACCUACUGCCUCAGGUACAUCACUUUCUACAAGGAGUUGUAUCCUGGCAACUGUCUGGAACUCGGUUCUGGUACGGGUUUUGCUGGAAUCUGCCGAGCCAUCGGAUGUCCAGAAACGCAGGUUUAUCUCACAGACGUCGAAAAAAUCAUCCAACAAGCAGGGAUGAAUGUCCAGAUGAACGAACUUCAGGAUCGCGUCUUUACCAAGGUAGUAUUUACUACAAGUGCUAGUAGAGCUUCUAGAAGUGCUACUGCUCAGAGUUAGUUGUUAGAGAAUAACAUGUCAGAGUUAGUUGUUAGAGAAUAACAUCAGUUGUUGGAGAAUACGUGCACCAGUGUGCUUGAAAGAAAAAUCUCAUAUGGAUAAGGACGGGAAGAAAAUACUUACAGGUAUAUUAGCGUCGUCUGCAUGUUCCUGAGGCAGUGCCUGAAAGUACUUCGUUAUCCUUGAUCAUCGUACAUUUACAUAGGUCUUCGACUGGGAAGGUGAAUGUCCUUGGACAGUGUCUGCUGAAAACACCUUCCCCUGGGACUUCGUGAUGGCCUCGGACGUCUUGUGGUUAUGGCUUUCUUGAUCUUAGCUGGGUUUUUGAGUUUAACCGAGUUUCAUCGUAGUUCAUGUGACGAUGCUGAGAGUCUAACCGAGUUUCAUCGUAGUUCAUGUGACGAUUCUGAGUGAUCAUCUUCAGUUCAUGUGCCGAUUUUUCUGAGUGAUCAUCAUCUUCUUCGACAUCUUCUUCAACAUCUUCUUCAGCAUCUUCUUCAGCAUCUUCUUCAACAUCUUCUUCAGCAUCUUCUUCAACAUCUUCUUCAACAUCUUCUUCAACAUCCUCUUCAACAUCUUCUUCAACAUCCUCUUCAACAUUUUCAGAGAGCUGUUUUGUUCAUCUUUAGGCAGUCAUCAACAUCCUCUUACCUCUAAUCUCCCACCGUCUGCUCGUUGACAAGUUCUUCAAGGGUCUAGCUAAGGUGACCACGCCUGGGAUGAAGGCUGUUCUUGCGCACGUGAACAGGUCGCAGAAUCUGUAUGCGGAUAUCCAAGCUUAUGGCGAAGAUGUGGUCCUUCUAGCUAGUGUCUUGUGAUGUCUGUAGGCGCGGACGAGCAACUUCUUGGCAGCCCUUGUGUUAUUAGCAAUAGUACUUACAGUGAACUACUUAGGACUAGCUGGACGACGAGAAGAACUAACUAGUACAACUUCAACGUCUGGACGUAGGUCGUGAAGAAGAUGAACUACUAGUACUAAGAAAUUCUACUUGUUGUACUACAUCUUCAACUACUCUAGUAACGAAAUUGGACUUGUUGAAUGAUAAGUCUGUCAUACCUCUAACUCCCCGAAUGCGCCAAAGAAGGAUUUGACGUGUUGUCCGUAACGCCAUCGACCGAAAUGGAACUGCCGCAUCGUGGCCAUAGCAUGUGCCAUAUUUGGAUUUUGCAGAAACAGAAGGCUUAGCUGUGGUCAUAUAAUUGGAAUUUUUCUACUAGAUCAGAAAGAGUAGAAUACUUGAUAGAAAUUGACAACAUGAUGAUCUACAUCAAGAGCAUUUCUGAGGUCAUAUGACAUUUUUUGCUGCAUACAAUUACUCACAAUUCGAUAGACGACGUUAGACGAGAUAGACGACGUCCUCAUGCACCAUCAGAACAUCAAACUUUUUUACUACUUAUUGUCAUCAUCACUUCAAUUUGUCACUUCAAUUUAUUCAAGUUCAAGAUCGUUUCAUUGUAAAUUUUUUAACCUCCGUAUUUGGAGAUUGUACAGCAUAUUUUCAGAAGAUCGAACAACACCAUAAUGGAUCGUUUAAUGUAUACAACUAGAUGAGCGGAAAGACAACUACAUUUGAAGGAAAACACGACAAAGAAGAACGCACAAAGACAAGGAAACACUUAGACUUAUACGGAUGCAUAGAUUGAUUUUGUAUUGCAGUUGUACUCGUAGAACAUGGAUGAAGAUGAUCAUACAAACAAGAUGAUAUUUUUCCAGCUGGCUGGCUUUCGCCACGGAGCAACAGAUUCAGAAGGAAGGGCCCAGCAGAAGCAGCUGCACACGACGGCUCACAAGUGUCCCCUCGAUUCGUCUCCUCGAGGAAUCAAAUAAUCCUUGAGGCGUUAUCGCCUAAGUCUAGAUGAAGAGCAGGCUCAUCUUUGUAUAUUCAUGCUAAUUUUCCUUAUCCUUACGUUCAUCUUUCGACGUGUAGUUACUGGCAGUAGCUCUAGUUCAACAACAUUGCACAUAUGUAGACUGAAAUGUUAUGAAUUGAUGCUAUUACACCACAGUGUUGAGCAGGGACUCGCUAUUUCCACCGGCAUGAACUUCUGUUACUACUUCAACAUAUAAUAAUGAUUCAUCUUCAACAUCGCGACCACGAGCAUGAAAAAUGUUUAUCAUGAGCAAGAAUCUUCCACACUUUGCACCUACCACCAAGAAACUGUCUCUCAGAGGAUUUGGUUGGUGCCUGCCCAAAUCCAAAGGUUGGUUGUGUAUGUGUGUGCGUGUCGUGCACUCUCUUGAAAUAUGAAAGACUAAGAGAUUGAUCGUGAUGGACGCAGAUGAGACUCGUCUAUCUCUAUGCCUCUUAUUUCUGAAAGUAGGAUAUCAUCUUCUCAAACUCAUAGACUUACUCUGUUUGAUAUGUUGUAGAUGCGACAGAC